AUGUUUCAUAGGGUUCUGGUCACAAGGCCAAGUGCAAUCCGAUUACUUGCCACAUCGGUUUCGGGAACUGAACAGACACUUUACAGUAUCAAGCAACAAGUGGACGAGUACGUCUAUGCUAGAUCAUUACCUAAGAAAUGGAAGCCAAUUGUUUAUAGACAGAAGAAUGCAGAUUUACUUACAUCGUUAGACGUUGCGGAUUCCGAAGGACGUCCUAUAUUACCAAAAAAAUACCCUGGUAUUCCAUCAAAGAGGCGGUUCGUUCACUUUAUUAACCAACUAAUACUACCGGAGGAGUUGGAAGCCGUCAAGAAGACACUUAGCAAGGUGGAUCGUCAUGCUCCAGACUUCCUUGCACCGUCUAUGAUCAAUGCAUUACUCUACAAGAGUGCAGAGUUCGGUUUAUUUGGCGAGGACUUAACAUUUGUGUAUAAUCUACAGAACUAUAGAAGUCAGAAGAUAUUUGGACCGAGAAAUAUCGAGGCCAUCAUACUAUUAAGAACUCUACAAGCCAAACAGAGCGGGGUGACGGAUUUGGACUGGGCCUAUAGAAAGUUGCACCAUAUUUUUAAACAUAACAAGGCUACUGAGAAGGAGACGGCACUAAUAAAGGCCAGCCAAUUGUGCCUUUUUACCCAAUUAUUAUUGAACAGAGCGGCGGAAAACACUACAGUGUCUCCAAAGGAUGAACAGAUUCUCAACAACAAGAUUAAAAAGGCUUUGGAAUCCUUCAGUGAAAAGUUCGUACCAUACGAGGUGAAUGCUGAAAAAGAGAUUUUGGAGCCUUCGAAUAGCUUCGACAAAUGGCAACAUGCUUACGCGAUCUUGAAACUAUUGCAGAGUAAUGUAAGCUCGUUACCGGAGAAGUCACAGUCUCAAUUCCAGAAGAUGACUACUGAUAUAUCUCCAUUUCUAGAGCAUGUGGAGGAGCUAGGUAAGGCUGCCAAUAAGGUUACAUUAUUGGAAAUAUUGAUUAGUAAGGCAAAGUUUUCUACGGAGGUGUCAGAAGGGGCCAAAGAGGCUGAAGAGGCCAAAGAGGCAGAAGCGCAAUAA